AUGUUGAGGACUUGUGGCUGGGCCUGCCGAAUUAUGACUGGUAGAGGUGGAAGGGAAGACGUCAAGGCCAGGCUCAUCAGCGGAAGGCAGUGCCCCAUUACUGGGGGCCGAGGUGGAAGGGAAGACCCCAAUGCCAAGCUCAUCAGCGGAAGGCAGUGCCACAUUACUACUGGGGGCCGAGGUGGAAGGGAAGACCACAAGGCCAGGCUCAUCAGCGGAAGGCAGAGCCACAUCACUGGGGGCCGAGAUUUUCCUUUUGUUAACCCUGGUCCUGCUCGCCUGCGUUCUGGUCCGGUGUCAGAUUAUCGACAGAAUGCCGAAGCAGCUAAGGCAGCCCUUGAUGGGCUACAGAGGAAGGGCAGAAUACUCAGAAUAAGAUUUGCUACCCAUGGUGCUGCACUCAAAGUAAAGAAUCUCCACCCAUAUGUCUCAAAUGAACUUCUUGAACAGUCGUUUUCUCAAUUCGGGGAUCUGGAGAGAUGCAUUGUCAUUGUGGAUGACAGAGGCAAAUCCACAGGAGAAGGCAUAGUGGAGUUUGUGAGGAAACCUGGAGCUAAUUCAGCCCUCAGAAGAAUCAAUGAAGGAGUUUUUCUUCUUGGAGUAGACCCCAAACCAGUUGCUGUAGAGCCAUUGGAACAGAAAGAUGAAGAAGAUGGCAUGCCUGAAAAGUUCCUGACCAAGACAGAACAGUACAAAAAGGAAAGAGAAAAGGAGCCAAGAUUUGCACCCCCUGGUACUUUUGAAUAUGAAUUUGGCAUGCGAUGGAAGCAGCUAGAGGAGCUUGAGAAGCAACGCAUUGAGCAAAUUAAGAAAGACACAGAAGACGCUAGACUCAAGCUGGAGGAUGAGAUGCAGAAUGCUCUGUAUGAGUACCAGGCAGAACAAAUUAGACAAGAUUUAAUCAGGCAGCAAGAGGAACUUCGUAGACUUGAGGAGCUGAGGAAUGCUGACAGGCUGAGAAGACAAGAACAGCUGGAGAUCAGACGCCAGCAAGAUGACCGCGAAAGAGCUCAAGCUGAAGAAAGGCGCAGAGCUGACAUGAUGAUGAAUAUGAGACAACAAGAGAUUGCGAGCCGUAGAGGUCCUAUUGACCCUCCUUCGAUGAGGCAGAGAGAGGAAAUGAUGAUGGCUGACCGCUACGGUGACCGCAUGGGAGAGCGUAUGCCUGAACGCAUGGGAGAGCGUAUGCCCGAACGUAUGGGAGAGCGUAUGCCUGAACGCAUGGGAGAUCGCAUGCAAGAGCGUAUGGGAGAACGCAUGGGUGAUCGCAUGCCAGAGAGACACCCAGACCGAAUGGGUGGACAGCCUUCUGGCUUCAUGUGGCAGGAUGAGAAGGGCCGUGGAGAGGGUGGAAUGAGAGGUGAGCCCCAGCGCGGUCGAGACAUGCGAGGCUCAGGGGCGCCACCCCUCCAGCCCCCACCUGUUCCUCCGUCAGGGAUGGGUGCAAUGGAGCGUGGUGGGCCAGCAGCUGUAUCAGCUGCAGCUGCUGCUGCCGCUGCUGCUGCAGCUGUUGUUGCUCAGAAUGCUAAGUCAAGUCCAAAACCUCUGAUGCAGUCAGGCUCUGGCUUUGGCGGGCCAGGCAGUGGAGCAGGAGGACCAAAUAAUCCCAAUGCUGGACCAGAUGGCCCCAUGGAAGAAGAUGAUGCAAAUGAAGGCAAAGAAUUGUCCUCCUGUGAUAAUUCUCCAAGCCCCAGGAUGUCUUUUGCUGUCUCGAAGGAAACACUUGGAGAAUCAACAGCUUCUAUUGCCUCCUCGAAUUCACGAAGUCCUGCUGGAGACAGAUGUGGAUUGGACACAGAUACUACUACUGACCCUGGUUCUGGAAGCCCUGGAAGGGAAAAAGCAGAAGAUCAACAGGAUGGUCAGGGUCUUUGGGCCACUGACUCUGACUAUAGAACAGGCUUGACCCAGAGCCCCACGCGGGAACACUCGACCGUCAUCUCCCCAAGUGUUGGUCAGGGGAGCAGAGAUUCGCCAGGAAGAUGUGGGCCUGUGCUGGAUCUUGGUGACCAGGACCAAGACUACCGCUCUCCAUUGUAUAAAGCCACGUCUUAUAGGAAAGCUUCUAUGUCUAGUGCCUCUAGGUCACGUUCAGAAGAGAGAACCUAUGUUGGUGAAAUACUGAGUAGUGAGCUCAGCGAUUCUGUGUUUAUCCGAGCUAGUUCUGUUGAACUUGGUGCAGCACGCACAAGUAAUGCUGCUGAUUUUGAAGAAAAACCAGAGAAAAGUACUCGUAAAAAAGCUAACAGUCUUUCACAUGAAGAAGAGCAUUUACCAAAAUGCUCAGCUGAGGAACUUAAUGAAGUAUUUGAACAGGGUAGUGGUGAACAAUAUAAAUCAUCAGGAGAUCAACAAGACUCAAUAGUUGCCAGUGUUAGUGAAUCUUAUGAAACUUCAGCUCAAGAUAGUAAAAGUACUCAAAGCCCGAGUACAUUACACCCUAAAGGGACUAUUCAAAGAUAUUUCUCCUCUGAAAAUUUAAAUUGUGCAGCUCAUGUGGACUCUUAUGAGUCAGUUAAUGACUAUGAGAACCCCUCUUUGGCAGACUCUGAACAUUCAAGUUCUACUUUGACGUUGAAUAAUGUGUCAUUUGAAUCAGUGCAGAACUUGGGAAAAAGUUGUAGUAAUACAGAUGGAAAGGAAAACGAUGAACAUGCUAUGUGUGUAGACAGUGCUGAUUCACUUCAGGUUUCUGACUCUUCUGUUUGUCAGACGGAUUGUGAAGGAGCUAGUUAUAACCAAGGAAUAGACAAUUAUAAGUCUUCAUCUACAGUCUUAGUAGAAAAAGAUAAUACUGUUGAUAGCCUCAGUGAGCAUUAUAAACAGUUUCCUGUAGAAAUUGACUAUGACAAUACUGUCGGUGAUCUCAGUGAAGAUUCUUCCUCUCAGUAUGGAUAUAAACAAGCAGUUGAGAAUGAGCAGCAUAGCAAUAUCAGGGAAAAACGUCUGUCUUCAUAUAAGCAACAUUCAAAUGAUGAUUUAGAAGAAAUGGAAGAAGAAGAUUCCACUCCUGUAGCUCUGGCAGAUGUCUACCAGAGCUACGAGGAAGAAAUUGUCGCGCCUCAUUUACAAAAUAUAAAUAUUGCAGCUGCAUUGUCUUCACAGAACAUUGCUCAAUCUCAGGAAAACAGUGCUUGCUGGGCUGAGGAUGAUAAUGGAACACCUCACUCAUCAGCAGAUCAAACGUCCUGCUCAGCAACCUACACCUCAACACAAAACACAGUUACAGAAGCGUUGUCCACAUCAGCUCACGGUGAAAGCAUUACAAACUCAUCUUCUGCAACUGCCCCUCUUUCUCUUGCUGCAAUUGACCCCCACACAGCUGAAGAGGACCAGAACGAUGGUGCUCUGAGGACAGGAGACCAGUCCUUCAAAUCUGCUGCGGCCAGACAAUCUGCUCUUGUGCCAUUCUUACAGUCCUCAAGAUCUGCUGGCUUCUCUGCCAGCGUGAACCCGUCCUCGUACGCUGGUGCUUCUGUUAUUCGAGGUAUGUCUCAGCCGGCCAUGAUGUCCAGCUCCUCGAUGCACUUUGCCCAGCACCCUGGAGGUGGAGCGACCAUCCUGCGACAACAGAGCCUCAGUGCAGCAGCAGGGCUGAAUGGAGCUGGUGUAGCCGCUCAGGCCACAGUGGUGCAGCAACACGCUUUGGCCAACGGUCUCCAGGCCACUUCGCUCCUCCAGCAGCGGACGUUGACCAAUGGCAGCCAGACCAUGGUAGUUCAGCAGCGCACUUUGACAACCGGACUCGGUGGUAUGUCGCAGCAGACGGUAGUCCAACAACGCGUUGCUCCGCUGGCACCAUCUGCAGCUCUGCACGCGUCAGCCCUUCGUCAGCACGCCCUUGCCUCGCAGGCUGGUUUAAUGCACCAGAGGGGAGUCAGACUGGCCCAGGCAAGAGUACUGGGUGCUCCAAUGCUACAAGCUCAGCGCCUGGGGCGGCCUGCCUUCAUAGCACGAGGUGGUGCUGCUGCUGGUGGCAGUACCACUUUGUUGGGCCCGGGUCUUGUGCGUGGUGGAAGUCAGGCCUCCAUGAUGCAGCAGCUAGUCCGACAGAGAUAUCUGGGAGGUCCUGUCAUGCCGGGAAGGGGUGUCCAGAUAGUAGCAGGAAGACCUGUCAGAGUGAAGAUGACGUAUCCAAGAGAGAACAUGCCCAUGGAAUCGAACACUUGAUGCAGCUCAGCAGCUGGUUAAACCACGGCAAACAUUAAUAAGUGCAAUUCUUUCCCAUGAACUUUGUGAUAUUUCGUGAUUCAUACAUUUGUACCAUGCUAUUGAUGUGCAAGUGUCAGCUCUUAACAAUCCUCCAUAUGAAUCUUUAAACGUGUAUAUUUUAUUAAGUCAGGAAAAAUCAUGUUGACAUAUUUUAUAUUAUUUUUUUGUCCUUGAUUUCCAGACGAUUGUUUACAUGAAAUAAUUUCAGUAUUGUUUUCUUGGAUCAAAUCAAAGCACCAUAUACAUUGAGUAAAUUUCAUAUAUUUUUAAAAUCCGAAAUGCUCAUUGAAUAGUGAUUAUUUAUUCAUUUAUUGUUUUGGGGGUUUUUUUGUCACUGAUUUUCUGUCAAGUGAUAUUCUAGAUAUUAUAUUAUAUUGACUUAAGCCGAGUGCUGAUAUAUUAUUUUUAAUCAGCUAGUGGUUUCUCAGUAAAUUACUUUUUUGUUGGAAAAUGGCAUUCUUUGGAAUAAAAAGCAGCGAGUUUUGCUUUUUUUUCUUCAAUUGGGUUUGAGAUAUUCUGAUGUCCCUUAAUGACCUUAUAAAACAAUUGAAAGUGAAAUGUUCCUACUUAUGGUGCAACACCCAGUGGUGUGUUUGUACGUGGUUUGUGUAAUUUUCUAGUUUUAUUAUCAACUGGCUCGAAAAUAAUCGUAUAGUUAAUCUCUCAGAAUCUGUUUUCUGAAUUAAGUUUAUUGUGGUCAUGAACGAAGAGUAUUCCUUGCAAUGACACAGUGUAGUGGGUUGUUUUAAAUAAAACAUGCCUGAAAAAUGUCUCAAUGGUCACCAGUACUUCUUUUAUAGGUCUUCCGUCUAUGAAUUGUUUUCAUUUUCUUUUAUUUGUCAGCUUUUCAAUGUUCUUACUUUCAGUUGUGAGUAUUCCCGACUUUUCAGACCAAAAUUGAUCUUACUUUCAAUUCUGCGUGUUAUUUGAAUAAGUAGUCAAAGACUCCACAAACAUUCCUGUGAAAUUCUAGUCACAUAAACGCUUGUUGCCGAGUGUUCCAUUCUUUUUUUCCAGUUACCAUUUUAAGAUAUAUACGCACUUUCACUGUUUUGAAAUCAUGGCGUUUGUACAUAAUUUAUACCUGAUUUGGAAAGAAAAGUAUGGUAAGUAAAAUGUCUGUUGCAAGAAUGAUAGAAGGUCAAGAGUAUUUCAUUUUUAAGAAAUAGUGUUACCAUUGUUAUAAGUCGUGUUUAUAGAUGUUUGAGUGGUUUUCUUUUAAUAAAUAGCACUGGCUAAUAGUGUGUAUUUGCUGUUGUGAUUUUAUGUGGUUAUAAGUUCCAGAGGAACUUUUAAACUUGUGAAUAUUUUAUUUUUCUAAAGGUUGUUUGAUAUUGUUCCAAUAUAUCAAGUAAAUUGACCUUUACUGUGGCGGUUAUACCAGGCACAACAUGGGCUUCAAUGGCUGUGAAACAGGAUUUUUAUUUGUUUUACCAGAUCAUAUAUAUGUUUUAUAAAGAUAUGCUGAUGAAACCAAUAGUAUUUCUACCCAGAAAUCAGUACUUUCUGACAGUUCCGUACUUGCUCCCCAAUCAUUAUCAACUCCAUCCGUAAAUAAGUGCGAUAGCGUAGGGCUACAGAGAUUCCGGGGCAAAGGAUACGUAUUCGCCAUCGUAUUGGGAUAUUUACGAUAAUUCUGUCGGCAAUAGGUUAAUGUUAUAGGAACCUGCCAGACCCGGGAGUAUGAGGAAAUCUGUGAACUGCCCUGCGAAAGACCCAAGAAAAUACUUGAAUAUUUGAAAACCAAAUUGGAUAGGUCAGUACAUUCAUUUUUGCGGGUCGCGAUUGAAUGUUCGUUCAGCUUUUCCAGGUCUGAGAGUACAAUUCACGCGAAUAGGCGGCAAUGGCGACAGGUGGAAGUGUAUGUGACACUGGGGUCAAUCGGGGAAAAUCAAGAUCUACUUUCGCUUUCGUUACCACUCAGAAAUUUGCGGGUGAUAGUAUGAUACCACAACAUUUGUGACAUGCAAGUCGUGCAUUAUAAAUGCUGUGUCGCCACGCAAAUAAAUAAAAUCAAUAUUUGUCACUGUGUUAUCACUUGUAGAAAAGAAAA